AUGGGUGAACUGGAUGAAGCGCGCACUGACUUGUGCCAGCUGGAAGAAACUGAAAGAAGGCUCUUAAAGCAGCUCGUAGAUAUCCGUGCAGCCAUAAAGGCACAGAAAGACAAGAUCGAGGAGCUCAUCAAGAAGCAACCACCUGCAAUCAAUCGACUCCCCGUCGAACUCCUUUCAAAGAUAAUAUUCCAAUCCUUGCCGACUUUCGAUCACGAUCUCGAUGACUGUCUAGAAUUCCCAGAGCUAGCGAACCGCAGGACAAAUUUGUCAACGGUGUCACGACUCUGGAGGAACGUGAUCUUAACCACUCCAGAAAUCUGGGGUGAUAUCGUGUGCUGCCAUCCUCUCCCCGUUGCAUCCUUAAAGACGCAACUGAUCAGGAGUGGGAAUAUUCCUCUUAGCGUCUUUAUUCUAAAUUUUCCACGCCUCUACAGUUGUCAGCUUGAUCCACAAUGGCUGGACGUCCUCGUCUCCAGCACCAAUCGCUGGCGGCGCCUUCACAUGCGGCAAAUGACGCCUGAAAUCCUUCAUGCAUUUGAGGAUUUGAAAUUUCCUUCUCUCGAAGACGUUCUCAUUGCUUCCAUGGAUGAGGUGUUCACAUAUCCGCAAUUUCUCUUUGCCGACAACGCCCCUGCCCUUAGGAGUCUACGACUGGAUGACUUUCUUCCUACCCCUAUAUUUACAGCUGCCACGAGCCUCACAACUCUCGAGCUGAAGUUCAGAGACAGAAACGACCAACACCAUAUCGUGAAUUUUACAUUUAUCCCUACCCAUUCCAUAACGAUGCUCUGGCUCACUGGUUACACCGACGGUUGGGCGCUUUCGCCAGACAGCAUUCACCUUCCGCACCUUGAAGAAUUCAAACUUGCAGUCAACAAUCCCAAGCCAGUCAUGAGAGCUAUCGUGACACCAAAGCUUAUGUGCUUCGACUAUCAUCAAAUUUUGGGCUUCGGACAUGUCGACUUCGGCACUGGGUCGAAGUUCAGCCAUGUCCAAAGGGUUACACUCCGCCUCGGGGACGCCUCGCUAGGUAGCGAUGCACUCUGCCAAGAAUUUCAUGGGGUGCAGCAUGUCAAUCUACAUGUAGAUACCAUCCGCGCACUUUUCGCAUCCAGGGCUGGACUCGGUGACUCGGAAUGGGUCCCGGCAGAUCAUUGGACGAACCUCGAAAGCUUAACUAUACAUGGCCAAGUUUGCAGUUAUCACCACGGCGUCGAUUUUCUAGUGCGGUGGCUUACCAAGCGCUUGGAGUCGGGCUUGCCAAGGUUAUCCGUGGAGCUCUCAAAUCUCUCCAGUGACUUAGGGGCUGGAAUGAUUGCGAACUUGCAGCAACCUACGAGUGGUCGAUGUACUGAUGAGGUCGUGGGCACAUUGCUCUACAUCCGACGGGCUGCUUCGAUUGGACUUAUUCGGAGUGGAACCUUUGGUCUCACUGGCAGACGAUAUGUUUUUGGAUUGCCGUGUCCCAGGCAAGUGCUCCAUGAAGUCAUAUCUAAAUCUCAUGACAUCACCACUCUGACCUCGUUCCUUGUGGUGACUUGUGAGCCGCGUAAGGCAUUUAUGGAUGUCAACGGCACCUGCCAGGUUGCCGUGUACCACUGGCACAGCUCUCGGCCUCUUCAGACAACGCCGUUUGCUUUUCACACCAGAUGCUCCUUUUCUUAUGUUGCAUCGAGACUCCCCCAGGAUGGUUGGGCCACGCAUCGUAAAUUGGACGGUUAUGAUGUGGAGAUGCCUCACAAAACCAAUCCCGUGACUAGAACCCUCCUUUUGAACGAAAUUUGAACUCUCGGUCCUUGGCGCUGCCUACACGGGACUGACCACCAAAGUGAUCUUUGCUUCACUACUGGUAAAGAUACUGUCCAAGCCUUGCCUGAUACAUGUUGGGAAGGUAUUGGGGUGUAACAACGCCGGCGGCGACGACGAUACAGGGAUAGAUUUGGCUGGUUUAAGUUAGUAAUUGGAGAGAGCGGGCACGUCACCCAGACGAGGUCAGUUUGAUCAAGCAUUGCAGUACCGGGCCACCUAAGCCAUGGAUGUGGGACGUCCAAGCUUACGUUGAACAUUGAGCUUUCCUGCUUGCGCAAACUUAAGCGAUCGCACGAUUUGGUAUGGGUCUCAAGGGCAAACCGCCAAACCACCAAAGUCUGCCUACUAGAGACCUGGUCUCGUAAUGUUCGGCCGUUUUGGGACGCCUAAUCGGCUUCAGGAGUCGGACUAGAAUAGCGAAAAUCGGGGAUGGGCACAGCCCU